GUGUUUAUCGAUAUUGGUCACUCAUUCAUAUGUGCACCAAAAUGUGUUAUCUUAAGUGAAGAGUCGGAAAUAUUUCGGUUCUUUCCGAAUUGACCCUAAAUUCGAAUCUUAUCUGACUUUAUCGUAACAUCUAUGAUAAUAGUUUAUCGAUCGAUGACGCAUCCGAAAACCGUAUCGCGAAUACAUAUUAAUUCCAGCAGUCUUCACGAUUGUAAGUCGCGAGAUUCAUAAAUAUGUCGUCGAUAAAUCGAGAAAACGAACCGAGAAUCAGUAUCUUCGAUAAUGACUACAACGACAACAGUUCAAAUGAAACUGAGGGAGAGGGUUCGCAGAAAGAUUUUCCACCCUGGGACAUGUUCAAAAGCUUCCCCUCUCAAAUAGAAAGUGGAUCUUUGCAAGAUAAUCGGUGUUUCGAGAUUAUUAUUUGGAUCUUAAAAGUAUUAAUUUACGGGUUGCUAUUUAUCGUGGUUUUAUGCAGCGGUAUCGCGGCUAAAACGGGUGUCUUAUUUGCAACCUCGCAGUUGCAGAAGAAUCAAUCGUUGCGCCAUUGCAACGUUUCAGGGCUGGGGAGACAUGAAGUUUUGAUUGAACAUACAGAGGACGGUCGCUUACAAUGGACUUGGUGUUUGAUUUUUAUAUUCCUCGUGCCGGAAUGCAUCGGUGUAUUAAAUACAUUAUGGCAUCACUUAUUCAAAAGGAAACCGAGGAUGCCAAAAAUACGAAAUAUUAUGUUAAUGAUCUUGAUAGAUACUCUCCAUACCAUCGGUUUGGUGCUGUUAACUUUUGUCAUCCUACCUGAAAUCGAGGCGGUGCAAGGCGCCGCUAUUUUCUGUUGUCUAUGUUUCGUACCGGGAUUGUUAAAUUUACUUUCGCGAAAUGAGAAUCAAAUUUUAUCGAUGAGCAAAUCAAGAUUAUUCAAAAUUUUUGACGCACUGGCGUUGGUCGCACAAAUUAGCGGAAUGUUUUUGUGGCCGAUUAAACAUGACAUUAACAAAACGUCGACGUGGAUCUUUCCCGUUGCUCUCGUAUUGUGUUCGAUUCGUUGGUGGAGCAACUUUGUGUCCUUUCAUAACAAUAUUGGUCUGGUACGUUUCUUAUUCUCUGUGAAGGAGGAUCUCCAGCCAGGUCAGCACAUCGUACAAGGAUAUGUAUCUCUUUGGAGGAUGUUUGUUUUUAUCAAUGGUGCUCUCGUCGUUAAUGUAUGCGAAGGAUUGGACGCCAAAAGCUUCUUCUCACCUAGAUUCACUGAACGAACAUACAACAUUAAUCUAAAUGAUUCUGAGAACUCAUUGCAGAAGAAAAAUUUUUUGACUGCGGAUGGCUUUAUGCCCCUUUAUGUCUUUGCGAUACAAGCCAUCUGCGCCAUGAUAAUGUAUCAAGCUUGCAAAUUCGCCUAUAGGACCCAUAUGUAUCAGUUUGGCUUCGCGUUUCCAACAAGUCUGGCUAGUCUAGGAACAGUAUGCUUGAUCAUGGCUCUUUGCGAUGUUAGGAACAAAGACCUUUGCGCCUUUCACAAUGUGCCACUUAGAGACUACUCUGUAGUCUUCUUCCUCAGAGAAUCCUUGUUCGGAAAUUGGAGCGGAUUUAUCUCCACUUGGUACGUUUGGUGUUGGUUGAUAUGGUUGAUGUCGCAAAUAUGGAUCACAAGGCACUUGUGGACCACUGAGAACGAAAGACUGGCGUUAGCAGAAAGGAUCUUCUCCACCAUCACUUACGACUCGCUUAUGAUUGAUCAAUGUUUAGCCUUAAACAGAAAAACACAGAAUGAGAAUGAUGAUAAGAACGAUGAGGAGAAAAACAAAAAUGCCGAAAUUUUGAAUGACGAUGAUUUCAAAAUAGAAGCUACCGAUAUCAGUUUAGACAUUGGUAGGAUCGAGCAGGACUUUGACAGGGAAGAUCUGAACACGACGAUCAAUAAACGCAAAGAUCGUGUCACGAGAAUUUACGCGUGCGCUACUAUGUGGCAUGAAGAGAAGAACGAAAUGAAUCAUUUGGUGAACAGUAUCCUGCGAUUAAACAAGGAUCAGAGUGCAAUGCACGUCACGCAAGAACAUUACAAGGUUCAUAUCGAGGACUAUUAUGAAUUGGAAACACACAUUUUCUUCGACGAUGCCUUUUGUUGCAUGCACGGCUGUAUUGAUCUGUGCAACCACGAUGAGAAUGAAACACAAGUCAAUCAAUAUGUGAUAACGCUGGUGGAAACAAUCCAAAGAAAUGUGGAGAACUUGAGGAUGCAUUAUACACCGCCGAUUAAAUAUCCGACGCCUUAUGGAGGUCGUCUUGUAUGGACGCUGCCUCAACUGGUAGUUCAUUUGAAGGAUAAAAAUAAAAUCAGACACAGGAAACGAUGGAGCCAGGUGAUGUAUAUGUAUUAUCUUCUGGGCUAUCGCCUGAUGGGUUUAUCAAUCGAUGUGGAUCGAAAAGAGAUCGUCGCUGAGAAUACAUAUAUUCUUACACUGGAUGGAGAUAUCGACUUCCGACCUGACGCUGUCAAGGUUCUGGUGGAUCUAAUGAAAAAGGAUAGCGAUCUUGGUGCCGCAUGCGGUCGAAUACAUCCGGUCGGAUCAGGUCCAAUAGUCUGGCUCCAAAAGUUCGAAUACGCUAUUGGUCACUGGCUGCAGAAAUCCACAGAGCAUACGAUCGGUUGCGUUUUGUGCAGCCCUGGCUGUUUCUCGCUUUUUCGAGCGAAAGCAUUGAUGCAGAACAACGUAAUGGCGAAAUAUGCCACCAAGUCAACUGAAGCCAGACAUUAUAUUCAAUACGACCAAGGCGAGGACCGAUGGCUCUGUACAUUGCUUCUCCAAGUAGGUUCUAAAGUUGAAUAUUCGGCGGCAAGUGACGCGUAUACUCACGCACCAGAACGCUUAAGAGACUUGUUCAUACAACGUCGUAGGUGGAUUCCCUCCACUGUCGCGAAUAUAUUUGAUUUAUUGAUGACCGCCAAAGAAACGAGAAGGGUGAAUGACGAUAUCUCGUGGAUGUACAUCGCUUAUCAAUGGAUCCUGAUGGGGAGUACAAUCUUAGGACCGGGUACGAUAUUUCUGAUGUUGGUCGGUGCAUUUGUUGCCGCGUUUCAUAUUGAUAAUUGGAGCAGUUUCUGGUACAAUCUGAUCCCAGUCGGCGCGUUCAUUGGAGUUUGCUUCACCUGCAAGGAACGCAUACAGUUAAUAUUAGCUGAGAUCAUCAGUGCCAUGUACGGACUGGUGAUGGUGAUCGUCCCGGUGGGAAUUAUGCUACAAAUCGCCGAGGACGGAUGGCUAGCACCCAGCAGCCUUCUCUUCUGUAUUGUUGCGUGCCAAAUGACAGUGGCUGGCUUGUUACAUCCCCAGGAAAUGACAUGUCUAUUAUGCGGCCUUAUCUAUUAUAUCACGGUGCCGUCUAUGUACAUGCUGCUGAUCAUUUUCUCUGUCUUCAACGUGCAUAACGUCACAUGGGGUACGCGAGAUUCGAAGGCGAAUACUAAGCCUCAAGAGGAGCGGAAAUCUAUGGCAAUUGGCAAUCUGUCCGAGUUUAUGACGAGAAUAGGGAACAGGCAAGAUAGGAAUCAAAAAGGUUCAUUCGAGUUUUCUUUGGGGGAUCUUUUUAAAUGCAUCUGCUGUAUUCAUUCGGGAAUCAGUUAUGAAGAGAAGCGAUUGAAUGAGAUCAACGAAUCCUUACAACAAAUAAACAAACAUCUGAGCCUAUUAGACAGACAACUACAUGCAACAAACAUAGAGGCAAACAAUGUUGUUCAGUCAUCUUCCAACGCUGAUGUGUACACAACAUCAUAUUUUCCAAUGGAAGAAAUAGUAGAAGAAGUACACGAGGAAAUCGAGCUAGAACACAUGACCGAUAAAAGCGAUCAUGAGAACGAGAUUUAUAAGGACACUGACGAAGAUGAAAGCGAUGUUCUGACGCAGGUGUCGGGAGCCUCUAGCCAUGAUCGUUCUUCUAACUUCCUUAUUAGUCCUUACUGGCUCCAGGAUGAAAGAAUGCGAAAAGGCGAGGUGGAUUUUCUAUCGAAUUUUGAGGAAGAAUUCUGGAAAGAUUUGAUUAGUAAAUAUUUGCGACCCAUUGAAAGCGACGAAGAAAGUCAGAAUAAAAUAACUCAGGAACUAAUCAACUGUCGUGAUGCAUAUCUAUUAAAAUUCUUCAUGAUAAAUGCUCUGUUCGUGCUGAUCGUGUUCCUUAUGCAGUUGAAUAAAAAUAUAUUGCAUUUGCAAUGGCCACUGGGAUCGAAAUAUAAUAUUACAUACAUUGUGAAGAGGGAUGAGGUGCAUUUGGCAAAAGAAUAUUUAAAACUAGAGCCGAUUGGAUGUCUAUUUAUUGUUGCAUUCAUCAGCAUAUUGAGCAUUCAGUUUUUUGCAAUGCUAUUUCACCGAUUCGGCACAUUUUCCCAUGUGCUUGCUAAUACGAGGCUUCUUUUCUGCACUAAGAAGUCUUCUUCAGAAGAUAGCAUCUUUGAGAAAGAUGCUGAUAAAAUAGCACAAGAACUUCAACGCAUGGCAGAGGACGAUUUGAUUUCUGAAUUCAGGCGAAGUACCAUGACUGCUCCUAGCAGACGAAGAACAAUACACGAGUUAACGAAAAAAGAGCCGUCACAAGGGCCGUCGAGGAUGUUAGGAAAUUUCGAAAAGCUAUUUCGACGAAAGCUUCGUGAUCCAAAUGCAUCAGGUUUGUCGCGACACAUGUCCACACGAAUGUCAAAAGAUACAUUUACCGCCUUUGAGCGGAGACGAUCAACUAUUCUAGCAGAAAGGAGAAGGACACAGACUCAGAAAUCAUAUGAUAUUUACGAUGAUGCUAAUAAUUUAAGAAGGCCUUCGAAUAAUCAGAUUUUUAAACUGCAACCAAGACAAUCGAAUUCCAAUCAAUUUCAAUAUGAUAAUCCGGGAUUUAAACAGGACGAGACUAUGUUAUGAGAUAUGUUAAAAACUAAUUUAGUUUAAUGACAUAUAGUGCCGACAAAGUUUAUGUAAUUUCUCAUUGUUCGAUAACUUAGAAUUCCUUUUAUGAUGUUUUGGAAUAUUAAAAAAUUUUGUAAUUAACAUUUACAAAAAUAUUGUUUUUCGCAUUUUCUUUUACAGAUCAACAAAAAAUUCUCAAACCUAAACGAAAAAGAUUAGACUCUAAACAGAUCAAGGAUGAAUAUCAAAUUUAAGCUU